GUGACAUGAACGCCCCCUUCUCGAAAUGGUCGUGUGAUCAGGUGUGUGCAUGGAUGGAAGAGUUUGGUCUGGGUCAGUACGUGAAUAUGGCCAGACAGUGGGUCACUAGUGGUCAGACUCUACUCUCUGCCUCCUUGCAGGACAUUGAGAAGGAGCUGGGAAUUAAACAUCCGCUUCACAGGAAGAAGCUCCAGCUGGCUCUGCGCUCCUUCAGCACCAAAAUCACAGAGAAAUCUUCUGAACUGGACCACAUCUGGGUCACACGGUGGCUGGAUGAUAUUGGUUUACCACAGUAUAAAGACCAGUUUAGUGAAGGACGUGUGGACGGUAGAAUGCUGCAGUACUUGACAGUGAAUGAUCUGCUGUUCCUGAAAGUCACCAGUCAGCUCCAUCAUCUUAGCAUCAAGUGUGCAAUCCACAUCCUACAUGUUAACAAGUUCAACCCCAACUGCCUCAAAAGAAGACCUGGAGAUGAGAAUAAGACAUCGCCUUCUGAGGUUGUUCAGUGGUCCAAUCACCGUGUGAUGGAGUGGCUCAGAUCGGUUGACCUGGCAGAAUACGCUCCCAACCUGAGAGGCAGCGGAGUGCAUGGAGGACUCAUAAUCUUGGAACCUCGUUUUAACUCCGACACACUGGCGAUGCUCCUGAACAUUCCCCCUCAGAAGACUCUGCUGAGGAGGCAUCUGGCCACUAAUUUCAACAUGCUGGUGGGCUCUCAGGCUCAGUGGGAGAAACAAGAGUACCUGGAAUCAUCAGGCUACACGCCGCUAACC